UUUCUUUUUACACGUUGACACCAAGUUGACAUAUUGUGGAAAAAAAUCUUUAUACCGUUCCGCUUUUUUCUCUCUGGUAUCAUUUGAUGAUUUUCGUCAGACCCACUAAUGGCAGGAGAGUUGCGUAAAGAAAGGUUCACGGUUCCAGUUCAACCAAGAUCACUCCUGUAUUUACGUAUACCAGAAAGCUCCACAAUGUUCAAUUGCGAUAUUGAAAUUCACCAACGAUGGAACAAAGAAAACUUGCAAAAUCCUGUGACACUCUGGCAAGGUUGAACAAGAAUGAACAUAAAUUGUUUGAAAAUCAAAAUCAUUGUAUCAAGCCAUUACCUAUUACAUUUAAUGAAGAAGAUGCCGAAAUAAUAAACAACAAAGAUUCCAUUAAUGAUUCAACAAAACUCAACCAUUGUAAUAACUCCUCAAAACCAUUAUUAUGUAUAAAGGAUUCUCAAAACUCUCAGGAAAGAGAACCACCCUCACCAACCACUUUACAAUGGGGUAGAGCUAUAGCAGAAGUAAAGGAACAUGCUGUAGCAAAAUUACAAGAUGAACUUAAGAGAGCACACGAGGAAUUAAAAUUGAAAGAUGAAGAAGUCACAAGACUUUCAAGAAUUAAACAAGAUGUUGAAGCUGAAUUGGAGGAACUCACUGCCAGCCUCUUUCAAGAGGCACAUAACAUGGUACGAGAAGCAAAUGUACGUCAAGCUACAGCAGAGCGUCUACUGGAGGAAAGUCGUAUGAAAGCUGAAGUUUUGGCUGCAGAAGUAGCAGCUCUAAAAACGUUAGUGUUAACUUCGACGCCGGCUAAACCAAACUUCCAUCUACAUCCGCAGAUCGAUACGAAAAGUCGUCCAAACAGUGAAGAUACUCAGCAAGGUCUUUUUGCAAGGAAACAUCGAAGAUCACCGUCGCAUUUCAAUUUAAAAUACGGUCGAGAGAGUUCUCCACCGGAUUCCCCACUGAAAGAACAAAGAUCAUCUUUACCUUCGGAUCGAGAGACACUAGAAAGAGAUUGGAAAAAAGAUUCAGAUAAGGAGAAAGAUAAAGAAUGCAAAGAUUUUGGCCUCGAAGUUGACCCUAGAGUACAUACAGAGUUUCUUAAAUGGAAAGCUAAUCCAUGUGUAGACAAAGGUGAUCCUUUUGUUGGUAGAAUCUUUACAGAAGACAUCGAUCUUUGCCUUGAUUUCCCUAACAAAGAAUUGGGUACAAAAGUUAAACAAGCCGUUCUCGAUGGCAUCAUCUUUAUCGAAGCGAUCAGCGACAAAACUAAAUUCACUUUUCCAAAAAAAUGUGUAUUGCUUGAAGCACCGCGCCAAUGUUAUUAUCGUAUGAGAUUCGGAGAUCAAGAAAAUCAGUGGUACAGCAUAUCACAAAUUUGUCGCAAUCGAAUUAUAGCGGUCUGCGAUUUUUUGAAUUAUUUACGUUAUAUUGAACGUGGCCUUGUUAAAAGCUCAGUUCACGAUGUUUAUUGGGAAAUUACUCGAUUACGGAAGGAAAUGGCAUUUGCUCGUUUGGGCCUCGCACUAUCGUCUUAAUGCUCUCCAUGAAGGACUUUUUCUAGUCUUAAAUAUAACAAAUUAGGCCAUGGAUCUGUUAUUAUUCGUUUACAAGUAUCAACUGUAGAUUGUUAAAAAUUUUAAUCGUUCCAACUAGCCUCGAUCUUUUUUAUCUACUGAUCGAGAUUUUGUAGAGUAAGUGUUAAAGUUUUAAUAUAUGAAAGCUCUCAGAUUCCUCUACUCAUAGCGUGAAACGCUUCGAAUUGUUUAAGAUAGAAGGAGGGAUUUAUACAAAUCAAUUUAUGAACCAUUUCGAUUGAGAUUAUAAUUUCUACAAUAUCGAAUCUUAUUUCAUUCACAAACAAAAUAUCGAAGACUUUCCUUUAAUGAUCUGAAAAGUUCACUUUAUAUUAUUUUAUUAUUAUAGCGAGCAUAAAUAUGUUUUAAUCAGUUUUAAAGUGCAAUCAAGUAUUUCUAAGAUAUUGGGAACAUGGUGCCUUUUGACUUUCCGCUUAUUAAUAACGCGUGACUAGCUUUUAGUUUAAGCUUUAUAGUUAUAGCGAUUUAAUCGCAGCACGUAAAAAGAGAUGACUUCGUUAUUUCUAUAAUUUAUUAGCAGCUAUUGUUUUUAUUCUCCUCAAAUCGUAUAAUGACAGCAGGUAAAUGCAGGCCUUUGUCUUUGUUCAUUUAAGAAAAAAGUGUAAAUGUUGUAGUUUAAAAAAGACUGUAGGUAUAAAUGUCUUCUAAAAUCCUCUUUUACAUUAUCUUUGUUUGUAUAUUCUAUGUAUAUAAGUACACAUACCUUUGGACAUAACAAAUGAAAUCCUAGACUUACUUAAAAAAACUUAUCUUUUAGCGUAUAUUCAUAAUUUAAUGGUAAACGUGUCAUAGAACAUUGAAGCAAUGAAAUUAUUUCAGUGUUUUUCUUUAAUGCAUAUAUAUGUCAAAUUUUGUUGGAAGUUUUAAAAAAUGCCAUAUAUAAUUUACCAAAAAUCAAAAACAAAAGCAUAUAAUUAUUAUUGUGCUUAAUAAUGAGUUACAUGACAUAAAAUAAUUAAAAUUCGUAUUUUUAACCCUAAUCUAAGAACGGGUGAUAUCAUAUUGAAUACAAUGAUAAUUAUCAUCUUUAUAUAUACAGUAACUUAUAGAUCUUUGCAUAUUACAAAAUUUCGUGAAAAACUUUGUCCAAAGGUACGUAGUUUAUCCUCAAAGAAAAAGUUGUAUUAUAUUCAUUUCAAAGAAUAUUCUCUUCUGUUGCAAAUAUUAACUAGUACCUGGUAAUUAGCGCGCAUAUUUAAAAAAUGUAUAUUGUUAAGGGUUAUAUGAAACACUAUACAUAUAUUAUGUCAUAUAAUUAACAUAUGACUAAAGUGAUAAAAAAUAUUUGAAAUUAUGAAUAUUUGGUGUGUGCUAUAGUUAGAGAAUCAUCUUUUACAAUGUACCAAAUUGUAGUACAGUUGAAGCAAUUUUUUUGUUACUGUUUUCUAGUGCAACACUCUAAUUUUGUCUUAUGAUUAUACAGAAUUAGAUAUCUAAUAUCUAAUAUACUAUAUACAAUCAAACAUUGUUAUUGUUACAUAUGAAAAUGUUUUAAUUUUGGUUGAUAAAAAAGUUUUAUAUAUUUGAUUUUACAUUUUUAUGAAUUGUUUUAUCUGACUGAGACAAAAUUUCGCUUAUCUAAGACUCAAAAAAUUUAUUCUUCCAAAAAAAUGUGCAUUAAAUUCAAUGUAUAAAAUUGUUUUUAUAUAAACAUAUAUGUAAAUUACUUAUGUAAGUAAUCGUUAAAGAUACGUUCUUUGCGUAUUAAUGGUGCUUUAUGAUAAUUAUUGAAAAAGAUAUCCGCAUAAAAUACUUCCAAACACAUCUCUUAAACUAAUUUUAGGAACUUGGUUCAUUAGCGAGUUUUAUACAAUAAAUCAAAAUGAAUGUGUUCGAAUACGAAAAUAUAACGCGGCCUGUUUUAACUCGAGAUAAUUUGUUUUGAAAAUAAGAUUUUUAAAUCAAAAUAAAUGUUAGCUUUUUCUUGCAAAUAAUCAUUACUGUAUGCAUCAGUACAUGUUGUACAAAGCGAUAUAUCCUACAAAGAUUUAUUUUAAAAAUUUGUAUUAUUUUGUUGUAUCCAAUUCAAAAAGUAAAAAAAUGUGUUCGAAAAUGUUUAAUAACGCUCUCGUUGUGGAAGGUUGAGGUAUAAAUGAACUAAAUAUGUUAAAUAUUAAUGGUCGAAAUAAUAGGAAAUGAAAUGGUAAUGAGAUUUAUAUGUUAAAUAGUCAAUUAGAAAUAUUCCUAAUAGUACUUGUUCAAAUUCUUCAGAGUUGCCAAAGAUUGCUUCUGAAUGAUUUUUAUUGAAAUAUACAUACUGAGUUUUAUUUAGACGUGGUUUAUAGAUACAGUUAGAUUCGGAAAGACAAAAGCGAUUUUUGCAUAAUUAUACAAAGAAAAUGUAAUAGUGAUUGUCAAGGAACUAAAUUGUAAUAGUACCAUAGUUAUAUUUAAAAAUAAAUUUUCAUGUUCAUUAGGAUAGUACUAAGUAUAUGAUCUUUAGUUAUUAAUAAGCUUUAUGUAUUGCAACUGUAAUUAUUUUUCGACCUAAUUAUCUAUUGAAUAAAAUUAUUUGUUUUAAUAUUA